AUGAAUUUGCGCCGAAGACCACGUCCAUAUCCUCGGAUGAUGAUUAGAAGAUUUCCUUCACGGCCAGUAUUCGCAAGAACAAGGCCACGAAAAAUGGAAAGGCUACGGCCAUUACCGAUGGCGACGCAGACAUGGUUGUCUCCGUCACCAGCUCCACUACCACCGCCGCCUACAACGAGCCAGUCGUCGUCAUCCACAACGGUUUUGCCUCAGAAUCACUUGCGCUUAGAAGAGUCCACGCCGCACACAUGCGCCAAAAUGCGUCGUUUGGCUGCAACCUUCGGCAUCCACGACAUUUCCGUCUACGCUCGAAAGAACUGUCGACUCUUGCUGACGUUCGCUCCGGGACAUACCUGCGAACAAAUCGUUCACUUUGUCGAUUCCUGUCACAAAAAUCACCUUCUCAACUAA